GAACUGCGCAGCAGAACCGACCUAAGUAAGCUCGAGAAAGCCCUCAAGAAGGAGAUCCAAAUCGAGCACUUCAAACCCAUCGACAGCACCGCGAUGACCCCCAAGUUAUGGUUCGACCUGGCCCGAAGAUGUGAUGACCUCAGCCAGGCCUCGGAAAUUGAUGGAAUCGUCAUCAGUCAUGGAACAGCAACUAUGGAAGAGACUGCGUUCGCUCUGUCUUUGGUUCUACGACUGAGGGUGCCAAUUAUCAUUACGGGUUCCAUGCGCCCAUUGAAUGGGAUGUCUUCCGAUGCAAUGGCCAACCUUACCGCCGCAUUCCACGUAGCAGCCCACAAGUAUAAGGAGGAACAGCCAGGUGUUUUGGUGGUCGUCAACAACGAAAUACACCUCCCGAUACAUGUCAAAAAGACUCAUGUCUCGACGCUCAACACUUUCAAAUCGCCGAACUUCGCCCCUAUCGGCCAAGUCGGGAGUGAUGGAGUCAAGUUUCUCCAGGAACCGAAGUGGACUUCCGAAUCUGAAUUUGAUCGCAAAGCUCUGUUAAUAUUCCCACGCGUUGAUAUUGUGACCAGCUACUGUGGCGCCGACGAAACGCUGAUCGAUUUUUUAGUCGGGUCCGGAGCGAAGGGGAUCGUGUUGGAAGGGUUUCCGCCUGGGUUGGGAACCCCGCAGCAGAUAAAGGGCCUUGUAAAUGCAAUUUCGAAGGACGUAAUUGUUGUUCAGGCAGCAUCUGCUGAUGGCGAGGUUAUCAAUAGCGCCGACCAUCAAAAGUUGGACAUCAUUGCUGCUGGUUUUCUUACCUCCAAGCGGGCCAGGAUUCUAUUAGGCUUCUGUCUUGCUAACAGAUUUGCCAAAGAGGACAUUGCGGCGAUUUUCAAAAAGUUUCAAUAGCAUUUUAGUAGGUUCGUAUUCUCCAGGGUGCCGGCUCAUAAUAAUGGGACAAGAUCUGCGUACUAGGUUCUCUCCAGAUCACAGACUCGUGCUCGGCGAGAUUCCUCGCAAUCCCACAGUAG